AUGAGGCGUGCUUUGGUCUUUUCUGGCCAAGGAUCUCAUCGUCAGGGCAUGUCUAUGGAGUACCUGCGCGUCCCUGCGGUUGCCCGACUCUGGGAACGAAUGAAGUGCAGGAUGGAGCAAAACUAUGGCAUCUCUCUUCAGGAGGUGAUUACAGAGAACCCACAAAAGAUACAUGUGCUCGAGGACGCACUGGACAUAAAUACACUUUGCCAGAGAAGUUGCUUAGAGGAUCGAAACGUGGCCGAAUCAUUUCCGCGUCGAAAGGUUGUGUCAUGUUCACAAGGUGGCGUCAUGUUGCGGACAUUUUUAACACAGCCGUGCAUGGUGGCGGCGCAGAUGAUGGCGCUAGAGUACCUUCGUGCAACACGUGGGUAUUCAGUCGAGGCCUCCUCCGUCAUUGCCGGUCACAGUCUUGGGGAGUUUUCAGCAUUGUGUGCGUUAGGUGUUUUUUCCCCAGAAGUUGCUGUUGAUCUUGUUUACAAGCGCGGAGUAUUUAUGGAAUACGCUCUUGAUCAGUUUUCUGCAAAUCGUGACAAUUAUGUGAUAUACGCCUGUAAUCCAGUGAGAGCAAAACUUUGCGAGGAUGACCCGGAUGUCGCAGUCGAUCAGUUCCACGUACUGGUAGAGCUUGUGGCUCGGGCCCUUUCCACUACGACCUCGUUCGUGGAGGUCGUCAAUUACAACAUCGAUCACGAGCAGUAUGUUGUUGCGGGAGAUCGGGUGGGGAUGUCGGCUCUUGGAAAGUGCCUUGACCCGCAGUUUCGAGCGAGCGUUUGUGGUCCAUCCUCUCCGCUUGACCACAUUGCCCGCACAGCGGUGUCGUCGGUGUGGCAGGACAAAAAGGAUGGCGUCACGAUGGACCCCAAUAAGGGACUCUCACCGGACUUUGUAACGUCGUCUGUAAAAAAAUACGGUGUACGCUCGACGUAUCGUCGCUUUAUGCGGGGUCCUGACGAUGGCUACACACCGUCACUUGAGGAACUAACGCAUCUGACACUUCAGGAGGAUGGUCGGAGUGGGCUGAAGAAAAAGUCGUGGUUUAUCCCUAUUCCUGUAAAUAUUCCGUUUCACAGUAGCCGGCUUCGUCGGGCAAUGGAUCUUUUCUUGCCUGUCGUUCGGGAUGCGAUGCCGGAAGAAGAUGUGCUGCGCUCCUUGUUGGGAUUGGCUCCAAAAUGCGUUACGGAGUCUCAUUCAUCUUCUUCCUCUUCAACAGGGGAGAGGCGGCCAGUGUGGCUGACGAACCUCACAGGUACUGCGUUUCGACCCAUGGACGCCGAAUUUCAGGGCCACGCGCUGGAGCUCCUGGGAUCGAUGAAUGUUGGCGAGAUCCGGCACCAUGGCCGCUACCAAACCGACAUGGUAGAGAAGGCCUUUAAAAAUGGAGUGGAACGCAAUAGCGUACGUGAAAUGUGUGCAGCCGUGCUUGCUGCCCAAAUGGCGCAUCCUGUGCAGUGGAUUGACCUCAUGGAUGCCACCGUCAUUGACGAAGGCGUACGCGAGGUACAUGAAAUUGCACCAGUGCGAACGAUAGCUGACAUGUUUAAGCGGACCAUAUUUCGAGAACCGGGUCAGGGCGGAGCUGCAUUGGACGUUGUGGCUUGUUGCCUCCCCUCCUAG